AUGAGUGAUAUAUACGAUUAUGUUUAUGCCCAUUCAAUGGCCUGCUCCAAUAGUCACCACCAUUGCCGCAAGGAGCAUGAAACCUAUAUCAACACCAACGAAACAGCCAGUACCAUCAACUUCGAAGAUGAUACUCUACAAUCGGAAACGGAAAUAAAUACUUCGCAAUUUUCACCCAAUGAUCUGCAAACCUUUGUGGAUAGUCUGGAAACGAUUGCGCGGCUGGAACGUUCGAAGCAUAAUCGAAAACUCAGACGUAAACAGAAGAGAUCUCAAAGGAAGAGACAAGUAACCUGUUUGGAUUCUUCAACCUGUAGCAGUAUUCACGAAGAGGAUCUGCUAAGCAGCAGUGAUGAGGAAUUCUCCUCCCACGACGAUGAUGAUGAGGGUGCGGAUCUAUAUGAUGAUAAAUAUUUUGCUGCUCUACAUGGCCAAAAACAAAGUACCGCCCUGUACAGUAAUUCCGCUGUGGAUAGUAGCAUAAAUUCCGACUCCGAAGAUUCAGGUGUUUUCGUUAUCAAUCGCAGUAUCAGCACCAGUAACGAGAGUCAUCUCUAUGAAAACAUUCCACCCCUGCAGCCAAAAUCCAAAAUGGUCUCCUACUCCAAAAGUAAGUCGCUAAAAAUGCGUCUAAUGUCUUUGAUCAAACGUAGACAUGAUGCCAAGGCCGCCCUACCAUCGCGAGAUAUUUUAUCAUCUACCGCAAUUGGAGAACUUUCGGUGGCCAGUGAUGUUCCCCAAAAGGCCAACAAGAAGACGAAGAAAUCGAAAACAAAGUCGUCUUCGUCGAAAUCGGAAAAUAAGCUUUUGGAAAAAGCAAUGAGGCUGCUUACAUUGUAA